GUCUCUCACUCGCUCACUCUCUCUAAAUUGCUGCACUUUAUUCUGUUCAAAUUCGAUACUUUGCUGUUCACUGAGAACGAGGCUGUUUCUUUCUUUUGUUUCAAAGAGGGAACAUAGAGAGAGAGUGUGUGAAAGAUAUAAGGCUUCUUCCUUUCUUUCUCUGCAUUUGCAUUUUCUCUGUCCAAAAUUUGCUUUCUUUCUUUCUCUCUAUAUGUCUGCUACAUUGUCUUGUUCUACUUCAAGAAUCUCUCAUUUCACUUCUCACACAUUAAAAGUGUUUGUCUCUCUCGACUAAUUGCAUACUCAUAAUUUUUGGGUGUUAUUUCUUUUAGCUUCAUUGCUCUUUAACUUAAGGGUGUUUUCAUAUUCAUAAAGAAGAAACCAAGAAAAAAAAGAAAAAAAGAAAAGAAAUACAAUUGGCUGUUUGGUUUUGUCCCUGGUUUCAUUCUUUGGCCUUAUCCUUGGUAGUUCCAGCAGUUUUCAGUCAAAAGCAAGACACCUGUUUGUUGAUUGGUCUAUUUAGUUGAGUUUUUCAGUUCUUUUUUUGGUUGCAUUGGGAGGUCUUUUGGAGUUUAUAGAGAGUAAAGAUUCGUGCUUUGUUGGUCUCUUCUUGUCACAAAGCUUGUUGUAAGAAAAACCCAGAAUUUGAGGCUGGAGAUGGAAUUCUAUUUCUUUAGUUUCUGAAGUUGGUGAUACUAAAAACUUGAGGGGGGGUUGCUGAAAGUACAAGGAGAGCUAUAUGAAAGUAUUGGUGAAAAAUGAGAGAUGGGAACUCCAACAAAAGCAAGCUCUCAUGGUCCAAAAAAAUGGUCAGAAAGUGGUUCAAUAUCAAGAGUAAAAUUGAGGACUUCCAAGCAGAUGAUGUUAAUGGAGCCUCUCAUUCUUCAGGAGCUGAAGUGGAAUACAGGACUAGCUUCUCUGAGAGGGAGCCAUGCACCAUCAAGAAAAGCAAAACAGAAAAAUUCACCAAGAACCCAGAGCAAGUCCGGCGAGGGAGAAUGAAUCUUGACCACCCUAGAAUCAUAGAUGUGCAGAACCACAGUAUUUUUGUAGCUACAUGGAAUGUGGCUGGAAGAUCUCCACCAAGUAAUUUGAGUCUUGAUGAUUGGCUUCAUGCCUCACCUCCUGCAGAUAUAUAUGUUCUUGGAUUUCAAGAGAUAGUUCCUUUGAAUGCUGGUAAUGUUCUUGGUGCUGAAGACAAUGGUCCUGCCAAAAAAUGGUUGGCCCUCAUUAGAAAGACUUUGAACAAUCUUCCAGGAACUAGUGGCAGUGGGGGCUGUUAUACUCCCUCCCCAAUCCCUGAACCAAUUGUAGAAAUGGAUGUCGAUUUUGAAGGAUCAUCUAGGCAGAAGAACUCAUCUUUCUUUCAUCGCCGAUCAUUCCAGACACCAUACAGCUGGAGAAUGGAGAAUGAUCUUUCAAUUCCACAACCAAGACUUGAUCGGCGAUUCAGUGUUUGUGACCGAGUUAUUUUUGGUCACAGGCCAAGUGACUAUGAUCCAAGUUAUAGAUGGGGUCAUAGACCUAGUGAUUUUUCAAGGCCUAGUGAUUACUCGAGACCUAGUGAUUAUUCCAGAUGGGGUUCUUCAGAUGAUGAUAACGGACCAGGGGAUUCACCAAGUACUGUGUUGUACUCACCAAUGUCAUAUGGUGGUUCCUAUAGUGGAUCUGCAUCUACAGAAGAUGGAUAUAGGAGGCCAGGGUAUUCAAGGUACUGUUUAGUGGCAAGUAAGCAAAUGGUUGGCAUAUUCCUCACAAUAUGGGUCCGGAGCGAAUUGAGAGAUCAUGUUAAAAACAUGAAAGUUUCUUGUGUUGGCAGAGGUUUAAUGGGUUAUCUUGGAAAUAAGGGAUCUAUUUCAGUCAGCAUGUCCUUGCAUGAAACAACCUUUUGCUUCGUUUGUACUCAUCUGACCUCUGGACAAAAGGAAGGUGAUGAACUAAGAAGGAAUGCAGAUGUCAUGGAGAUUCUUAAGAAGACAAGAUUUCCUCGUGUUAGCAAUGCAGGUGACGGGAAGUCCCCGGAAACAAUUCUUGAGCACGAUCGAGUUAUUUGGCUUGGGGACUUGAAUUAUCGCAUUGCCCUCUCAUACCGUUCUGCUAAGGCACUAGUUGAGAUGCAAAACUGGAGGGCACUGUUGGAGAGUGAUCAGCUACGGAAUGAGCAGAGAAGAGGUCGUGUUUUUGUUGGAUGGAAUGAAGGGAAGAUUUAUUUCCCUCCUACGUACAAGUACUCAACUAAUUCUGACAGAUAUGCUGGAGAUGACAUGCACCCGAAGGAAAAGCGUCGAACUCCAGCUUGGUGUGAUAGAAUUUUAUGGUAUGGUGAAGGCCUCCAGCAAUUAUCAUAUGUACGUGGAGAAUCUAGGUUCUCAGAUCAUAGACCGGUUUAUGGCAUUUUUUGGGCAGAGGUUGAGUCUACCCAUGGCCGAUUGAAGAAAAGUAUGAGUUACUCCAGUUCCAGGAUUGAGGUAGAGGAGCUCUUGCCAUAUUCACAAGGGUAUACAGAACUAAACUUUUUCUGAUGGAUGAGGAAAUAGCUAUCAACUACAGUAGUUGCAGGCGGGAAUCACUUUGAAGAAAAUUUUUCUUUGAAGGGUGAUGGAGACAAUCCGUUGCCCACUAACCAAAAAAGGUGUAAAUUUUUGUAAUUUUGGUCAGCUAAUUAACUGCAACACAUCAUCAAUUCAUUGUAACUUCGAUCAUCAAACAAAUUUAGCCACUAACAUUACCAGUUGCUGUUCGGCGCAUGCUUCGCCAACCUGAUUAAGAAACACCCAACUGUCUGGCAAAGUACCCUGUUUCUCAUCACUGCAUUAUGAUUUAGGGUGUACUUGCUUUAUCAGGAACUGCCAAGUGGGUGUCUAAAGAUUAAUUUAUUCAAUUCUUUCUUAGUGUAGGGAAACAUUUUUGUUUAUUUGAUGACUGAAAGAAGAUGAAAGAUGAUGUCAAUACAAAUAUUUGGGUACUUUUUGUUUUCAAUGAGAAGGCUAGAUUAGAUUUGAUGGAUAUUCGUUACAAAAGUGAGAAAAGGAAAGAAAAGAAUUAUAUAGUAUUGAAGUUUUAUUUUA